GCGAAAGGAAAGACGAUAAUGGCCAUUUCGUAGAGAAGACAAAGAUCGAGUGAGAAAGAUCAGAGGAGUGGUGCGGCGUGUAGACGAGAGGAAAAGUGUGUCUCUUUUUUUUUUUGAGAGCUGUGAGUUUGUGUAUCGAUGUUUAUUGCCUCUGUUGUUCGAGUUCGUACCGCUCGAUUGACGAGCUCGCGGUACGUUGGUGGUGGCCCGUUAGUUUCUAUCGUUUCUCUGUAUACAAAAGGUACAAGUUUCCAUCUAUGAAAAGAAUUACGCGUUUUUAAAGUCAUUGUUGAUGUUCCUGUUUCUGCAAUUGAUCACUGCGUUACGUCGUCUUAUUUUGCUUUAUACGUCAAUUUCACCUUUAUUACAGGAGAGUAAUUCUGCAAAUGUGACAAAUUUCUUUUUGGAUAAAUACAAACAACUCUAGUUUUUGCCCAGCCCACAGCAAACUCUUCCUGAUUUCAUCAGCUUCAUCUUCUUCUUUUUAUUAACUUCAUUACCUUGUCGAUUUUUUUAACUUCGACAUUUACAAUCAUUCGGAUACCUGCCUAUUGCAUUCAAGUUUCAAUUGAAAGUGACAACUACAUUGAAAUAUUUGAAAUUCCGAACAAAAUGUCUGCCACAUAAUGUAAAUUUUAUUAUAUAACAAAUGCAGAAUUCAAGUACACUCACUGAAGAAAGCUUCAAAGAUUUCCUUCUUUAUGAGAAAAAAGAAAAUUCUUUGUUGCUAAAAUUAAAAAAAUUGCCUAAUACAUAAUAAUAAAUCCAGGCCACUUCCACAGUGUGAGAGAAAAAAAGUAAAUAUUUUAUUCGCUUAAAAGUAAAAAUAAUAAAGAGAAUAAAAAUUUAUAUAAAAGAAAAUAAUAAAUUUUGAAAUCAAUGAAAAUGAAUAGCCGGCUUAAAGAGACAGAGUCAAAAUGGACCUGUGAAUAUUGUACAUAUGAAAAUUGGCCAUCAUCAUUAAAAUGUACAAUGUGCCGUGGUGCAAAACCACUUCUCGGUGAAGAUAUUUAUCGUUUGAGAAAUCCAAGUCCACAAAGAUCGUGUUCGAGUGUUGCAUCAGGUCCAGUACCACAUUCAACCGAUUCAUAUAAUGUAGACACACAAAAUUGUAGUCAAAAUGUACCCUCUGGUGGUAAGUGGUCCUGCGAUAUGUGUACCUAUCUUAAUUAUCAAAAUACACCACGUUGCGUUCAAUGUGGUAAUCGUAAACCAAAUUGUAAUACACAAUCAGUACAUUCAAUAGCAUCAAAUCUUCAUGAGCAAUUAGCGCCAUUAAGACUCGGUGAUCCACCACCACCACCACCUCCAUCAUCAAAAACUGGAUCAAAUUCACAACUUAAUCCACCAGCAAUAAAUUUACAUCCCGAACGUUAUAGUAAUCCAUCGAAUGCAGUUGCUGAGAAAUGGUCAUGUUUUAUUUGUACUUAUGAAAAUUGGCCAAAAUCAACAAAAUGCGUUAUGUGUGGUCAUCAAAAAAUUGAAAAAGAUCGUAGGGAUAAAUCGUCAACUAAUUUAGGUCUUAUUUUACCAAGUCCAGAAAGAGAACACAGCCAGAGGGGUUUACCAUCACCUCCACAUACGCCUUAUGUUCAUCAACGUGAUGAAAAUUUGGCAAUUGCCAGAAGCCGGAGUUCUCAUAGAUUCGAGAGCAGAAACGACAGUCUUCCAACGCCUCAGUCACCAAAUAAUUGCGAUUACGAACGUAGACUCAAGCAAUUUAGACGUGCUGAUUGGUGCUGGUUGAAUGCAUGUCUCGGCAUCGUUGAGGGCGAUAAUACACCUGUUGAGGCUUAUUUGGCCAGUGGCGGUGAUCCUGCUCGUCAAUUAACGCAUUCCGAGGUUUUAUUGUUAAAUAGAAGCAGCGCUUUUGAUGUGGGACACACUCUAGUUCAUUUGGCAAUCAGAUUUCAACGAGAAGAUAUUCUAGCAACAUUAUUGUCACAAAUCGAAGGAUCUGGUUCAGGAAUCAAGAGAGUACCAAGUUAUGUUGCACCAGAUUUGGCUGCUCAAAUACGUAGACACGUGAUGAAUAGUAUUCGAUUACGAAAGGGUUCAAUUCCAUGCUAUUUUGUCACAGAUAUGGCCACAUUUUCUCUGCCUGCCGAGGUGGAAGAUUUGCCGAGUAUUGUUCAGGAGCAAAUGUUGGAGGAACUUUUGGAUAGAGAAGCACAACAACAACUUGAAGGUGGUGGAGGUGAACCGCCAGCUUUAAAUUGGUCUUUAGAAAUAACUGAAAGAUUGGGAAGUCGUUUGCAUGCUUUAUGGAAUAGAUCAGCGGGUGAUUGUCUAUUGGAUUCUGUAAUGCAAGCAACUUGGGGUGUUUUCGAUAGAGAUAAUGCUCUUCGAAGAGCUCUCGCUGAUACAUUACAACAAGCUGGACAAUUCUUUUAUCCACGUUGGCGAGAAUAUGAGGCAUCACAAGCGUCAAGAAUGUUAGACUUUACAUUAGAAGAAACUCAAUGGCAGGAAGAUUGGGAAAAUUUAUUGGCAACUGCAGCUCAACCGGGAAGUGCUUUAGAGCAAUUACAUGUGUUUACAUUGGCCCAUAUUUUAAGGCGGCCGAUAAUUGUUUACGGUGUCAAAUACGUCAAGAGUUUUCGUGGUGAAGAUAUAGGAUAUGCAAGAUUCGAAGGUGUUUAUUUACCAUUAUUAUGGGAGCCUUCAUUUUGCAUAAGAUCACCUAUUGCUUUGGGCUAUACGCGAGGUCACUUUUCAGCAUUGGUGCCUAUUGAACCAUAUUCAUCAUCAAGAAUACCGCCUUUAGCAUCACACGCAACUGGUAUUGGUGGUGGAAAUAGUCCAAUUCAACAGCUACAAAUACAAAUACAAACGACCUUUAUGCCACUCAUGGAUAGAGAGAGAAAAUUACUUCCAAUACAUUUUCUUAGUCCCGAGGAAAUGGGGCGCGAGGAAAAUAUUUUAAAACAAUGGCUUGAUGUUUGUACCACUGAAGGCGGUAUUUUGGUUGCGCAACAAAAACUUCACAAAAGGCCACUUCUUGUCGCUCAGAUGCUUGAGGAAUGGCUCAAUCAUUAUCGGAGAUUAGCUCAGACGAAUAACGCACCAUUUUCAAGAGCAGCAACACUUCAGGAUUAUAGCAGCGAUGGUGAUACGGAAGAUGAGUAACAAAAAGCUUCUUCUUGAGACAAGAUUUUAGCCAAAGUGUAAUAAAGAAAAUUUCUUUAUUUUCUGUCAAUCAUUUUAAUCAACUUGAAAAAAAAAAAAGAGAUUUAAGGCAGCAAUAUUUGAUCAAUGAUCAUAUGACUCGUCACUGAUGAUAAAUUUUUUUUGUUUAUCACGCAGUAAAGCACACAGGGUUUUUUCAAAAAACUCUGAAACAUAAAUGAAUAAAGCACGAAUUCCUAUUGAUUCGGGCUUUUAUGUUUUUUUUUGUUUUGUAAAAUGUCGAAAUAAUCGAUAAAAAAUUUUUUAUUUUUAAAUUAAAUUCAAAUGUUUUUCCUUAAAAAAUUAAAUAGUAUUUGAAAACAAAUUUUUCAGGAUAAUUGAAAAAUACUUUAAAAAGUCGCAUAAUAUUUUUUUUCCUAGAAAAUUUUGUAGCAUUUAAAAUAUGCUUGAAUUGUAAUUUAUAUUUUUUAGCUUUAAGGAGACAUUUUUUCCUAGUUCAGCUCUCUCAUGAUUUAGGAAAUUAUUUCUCUUAUAUAGUAUCGACGAGUUUUCGAGAAGAAAAUUUUUUUUUAAAUUUGUUUAUUAUAAAUGUUUGAGAGAAAUCGAAAGUUAUGUGUAAAAAGAAAACAAUACGUUUUAAAAACAAAACUUGUAGAGAAAAUGUUGUCAAUUACAGUCUUUUCGUUUAAAGAAAGAGUGAAAACAAAAAAAAAAUUGUUUUUUCGAUUAUAAUGUACGUUUUUGUUGAAGAUAAAUAUUUAUAAUUUAAAAAUGUUUAGGUAACAAAGCUUUUUAAAGUAGUUAUUGUUAAUGAAAAAAAAAAAAAUUCGUUGGAGUAGAAUUCGACGGUAGGACAAAAAUUUAUAAAUAAAAUUUAAAGAGUGUGUCUUAAA